CCCUCCAGGUCAUCAUGGAGGGGACUGCUCUCUAUUUAAUAGCUGCUCUGAUGUUCUGCUUCCCAGCUACAUCCUACAGCCAGCUGUACUCCCUCAUCUUGCCUAACGUUCUGUGGACCGACUGUGAAGAAAAGAUCGUACUGGAAGCUCAUGGGCUCAACAUCCCAGUAAAUGUCAUAAUCACUGUUUUCAACUUCCCAGAGAAGUCUCUUGAACUAUACAAAACCAGGGUUAUUUUGGAUCCCGCAAACGGCAUGAUGGCUACUGCUGUCAUCAAGAUUGCUGCUUCACAGAUGAACCGAGAAUCAAAGCAAAACCAGUAUGUGCUUGUAGAAGCCAGAUGUACUCAGUUCAUACUGCAUAAAGUUGUUCUAACUGCCUUGCACAGUGGCUACAUCUUCAUCAAGACAGACAAAGACAUCUACAGGCCUGGCUCUUUCGUGCAUACACAUAUAUUUUCUUCGGAUCAUAACCUGAUGUCACUGGAUAAAGUUGUAGCUGUCCGACUUCAGGCACCUGAAGGGAUUGUUAUCCACCAGAAAAGAGUGCUUCAACACGACUUCAGCCGACCUUUCAACUUACCUGAGGAUGCCAGCUUGGGUACAUGGAAAAUAGAGGCCAACUAUGAAAAUACCCCACAGACAACCUUCAGUGCUGAAUUUGAAGUCCAGAGGGCUGAGUUGCCAGGCUUCGAAGUCAGAGUGGAACCUUCUAAGAAAUAUUUUUAUAUUAACGAGAAGGAGUUCAAAGUUUCCAUCAUUGCCAGGUUCCUCUGGGGGAAAGGAGUAAACGGUGUGGCCUUUGUCCACUAUGGAGUACAGAUGGAUAAUACAAAAAAUACUAUUGCAGGCUCGCUGAAAAAAAUUUUGAUAAAUGAUGGAAGAGGAGAAGCAAUCCUAACAACAGCUAUGAUGCAGAACAGAUUUCACAACCUUACUGAACUCAUUGGGCAUUUUCUCUACGUCUCUGCAACAGUGUCGACCGAAUCUGGACCCUACUUAAUAGUGACUGAAGAAGCUUCCUUCAACAUUGUGGCAAUUCCCUAUGAGAUUAACUUAACAAAAACAUCCCAGCACUUCAAGCCAGGGAUGCCCUAUGAUCUGAUGGUGUAUGUUUCCAACCCAGAUGGCUCUCCAGCUCCUAAAGUCUCUGUAGUGGCAGAGCUCCUAGAUACUACCGAAUGGCAGACUGCAGUUACCAACAGUGAUGGAGCUGCCCUACUGAUCCUAAACGUUCCUCAAGGCAAGAAAGAGAUAAGUAUUCGUGUAAAAACCAACGAUCAAAGCCUCCCAGCUGAAAAUCAAGCCAGCAAAACAAUAGUGACAACAGCCUAUGAAACCCAAGAGGGAUCUGGAAACUACCUUCACGUACAAGUUCUAAAUACUGGUGUCAAAGUUGGGGACAAUCUACAAGUCAAGUUCAUCAUAAACCCAAAUUUACAGACUGAGUAUUUUACCUAUCUAAUUUUGAAUAAAGGAAAGGUGUUAACUGCUCAGAGGCAGCCGAGGCCAAACGGACAGAAUGAGGUGACUCUGUUUCUGCACAUCACUCCCAAUUUCAUCCCUUCCUUCCGGAUUGUGACUUACUGCCUAAUAGGAAGCAAAGAGAUUGUGGCUGAUUCAGUCUGGGUGGAUGUGAAGGAUACCUGCAUAGGAACAUUGGUCCUGAAAGGAGAAUCUAGCAAAAAAGAAAACUACCUUCAGCCAUCCGCAGCAAUGAAAAUAAAACUGGAAGGAGAUGCAGGUUCUCGUGUUGGUGUUGUGAUCAUGGACAAAAGAGUCAAUGUGCACAGGAUUACCCAAAAGAAGAUAUGGGAAAGUGUGGAAGAGAAUGAUAUUGGAUGUACCCCUGGUGGUGGCAGGAACAACCUCGCCGUGUUUACAGAUGCUGGACUGGCCCUUGAGACCAACAUAAAGCUUUCCACAUUGAUAAGAUUAGAUCGAAGGUGUCCUCAGCAUACAAAACGCCAUCGCCGCUCUAUACAGCUCUAUAAAGCAAGCACAGUGGCCCAGGAUGAGGAUCAGGGUCAGGACUGGACCCUGCAAAAGUGCUGUGAAUAUGGCAUGCUCUGUCAUGACUGUGAAAAGCAAGUAGGAUUCAUGCCAGGUCAGAAUGCCUGCAAGAAUAUCUUCCUUGAAUGCUGCCGCUUCCACAAGAACAUCCAGAAUGUGAAGCAACGAGAUAAACGAUCAACAGAGGUUUUUAUGGAUGAGUUCAUGUUGAAUGAAGAUAUAAUCAUCAGGUCUCUAUUUCCAGAGAGCUGGUUGUGGCAAUCACUGCAGCUGUAUACAUAUCCUGAAGGGGGUUCUUCUGAAAUACGAUUGUUUCUGAAGGAUACCAUUACCACCUGGGAGACAGUUGCUGUGGGCAUUUCAAAGGAAACAGGAAUCUGUGUAUCUGAACCUUAUCCAAUAACAACAUGGAAAAAUUUCUUCAUCGAUCUACAGCUGCCCAAUUCAGUAGUGAGGAAUGAACAGACUGAAAUUCAGGCCAUUCUCUACAACUAUCAGGAAAAGGACAUCACGGUGAGAGUUCAUUGGCUGUAUAAGGACAAUUUCUGCAGUGCCUCCACUGCCAAAGCAAGCUAUCAGCAAGUGGUCAUUGUUAAAUCCCAGUCCUUCAUAGUACUGCCAUUUGUCAUAGUCCCCCUGAACUUGGGGGAGCAGAACGUGGAGGUUACGGCAGCCAUCUGGAACGAGUUUCUGGGUGAUGGUGUACAAAAGAGAUUUACAGUUGUGCCAGAAGGGAUGCCCCAGGAGAUUGUAAAAAUUGUUGACUUGCAUCCAGCUCAGAGUAGAAAUGGAGUGCAGGUAAUAAGGAUCCCUGCCUAUGAAUUAACAGAUAUUGUACCUUUGUCUCCAUUAGUGACCAGAAUUACCCUUGCACGAAAUCCCCGUGCUGAAUUUAUUGAAACUUAUAUAAAUAUGGACAAAGUGCAUGGAUUCUUCAUAACCCCUGAUGGUGAUGAAGAGACGAACAUAAUUGCCAUGACACCACUAACUAGUGUUACCCACUAUUUCGACAAUACUGGGCAAUGGGACAAGAUUGGAACUGAUGAUAGGUCUGAUGCGAUCCAGAAAAUCAUGCACGGCUACAGACUGCAGCUGAGUUUCAUGCAAGUGGACUACUCCUAUUAUCCCCAUAGGGGCACCAAAUCUAGCACUUGGCUAACUGCAUUCAUUGCAAAAGUCUUUACCAUGGCUUUCAAAGUGGUGGUUAUUAAUAAUAGCCCAGUCAUUUGUGGAGCUAUACAGUGGCUAAUUCAGGAGAGGCAAAAACCAGAAGGAAUUUUCCAUGAAGAAGCACCUCCACAUUUUCCAGCAAUCAUGGGAGGCCUUGAACAUGGUGAACCAAGUGUAUUGUUAACAGCUUUUGUCCUGAUUUCAAUAGUGGAGUCCAAAGAAAUAUGCAUUGAAGGAUUUAGCGGUUUGGAGAACAGUAUCACCAAAGCCAAAAACUAUUUAUCUGAAAGAUAUGAAUCACUGACACAACCUUAUACUGUGGCUGUUGUUUCCUAUGCUUUAGCCCUGGCAGGGGGGCUGACUGAUGAGACAGUACUCAUGACAGCUUCCACAGAAAGAAGUCAUUGGGAAGAUCAGAACAAUCAUAAUGUUACUGUUGAAGGUACAUCCUACGCUCUGCUAGCCUUGCUGAGAAUGAAGAAAUUUGAGUAUAUUGAGGCAGUUAUCAUGUGGCUGAUGUGGCAAAACUAUAUUGGGAACAUAUAUGAAAAUACCCAGUCAACCACCAUGAUUCUGCAAGCUUUUACCCAGUACCAUCUGGACAUGACAGCCUCUCAGGACCAGAAUAUGUUUGUUUCUGUUUUUCUGCCACACAGAACUCCAGUGAGGUACAAAUUUGAUGAGAAUAUGAUCAUUUCUAGGUCAUUAGAGACCCAUUUUAAUGAAGAUUUUACUGUGGAAGCAUCAGGAAAAGGACAUGUGACUUUGACCAUCACAAUGAAAUAUCAUAAAAAGGUGCAGAAUGAGAAAGCUCAGUGCAAGAAUUUUAAUUUGCAGGUUUCUGUGGAAGAAAUCAAGCUGGGGAAAGAGGAACCAGAUAAAGCACUUCCAAGAGCAAUCAAUAUUAAAAUCUGUGCCAGGUACCUUGGUGUUACUGGUGCAGAAAAUACUAUCAUUGAUAUUUCUAUGCUCUCCGGGUUUCAACCUGACAUUGAAGAGCUUAAGAAACUUUAUGAAGAAGUCAUCAGCAAUGUGGUGUUUGGAAAAGGGAAACUUCUCAUCUACUUAAACCUGGUCUCUCACAUAACAGAUACAUGUUUGCAACUCAGAGCUGUUGGUCCUAAAUUGGCAGACAAUUUCAUUCAGCCAGGAUCAGUCAAGAUCUAUACCUAUGAUGCUCCAGAUCACUACUGUAUCAUGUUCUACCACACAUCUUAUGCAGAUGGCCUCCUCAAUAAAGUAUGCCACAAUAGUGUUUGCCAGUGCAUGGAAGAAAACUGUGAUUUGCAGAAUGUGGAGAAGAGAUCUAUUAGCAUACGGGAACGAAUUGUUAGAGCCUGUAGCCUUGAAGUGGGAUAUGGCAUGGAAGGUGAAAGUAACAGGAGACAGGAGGCAGCUGCCUGAUGCACCAAGCAAAGGCAUUGGGAGAGCUCUCUCCUGCUUCAUCCUGCAUCCCUUCUCCAUGCCCAUGCCCAGCCAGGUGAGAUGUUUAGUGUUACUGCAAAGCUUCCUUGCCCUGUUAGUCAGACAAUGUGCCUCAACAUGCCCCAACUCAUGUUAAGAGGACCAUGCACAUUAAACCACCCAUAUGAAGUCCAGCUUCUCAACAGGAGUCUUUGCAAAAAAGAGAAAACUAGCCCAGAGGAGAUAGAACCUUCAGGAUUCUGUCCCAGCUUUUCCAUCUCUAAGCCAUAUAAUAUCCUUCUGAAGUCAAUGAUUUCAGCUUUUAUUUCCUCAAAAUUUGUUCUUUCUAUUCCCGUGUACUUUUCUUCCAGAUCUUCUGCUGCUCUUUGCCUGGUAGUCUACAUACUCCAGCAGCUGCUAUUCUUUAUCUCCCUAACUCUCAACUGAUGGAGGCAUCAAUUGACUCAGCUAUUUUUAAUUGCCUUCAGUACAACCGUUAUACAGGUCCUAAGUCCAUUAACAGACCAGUGUCCAUAGAACACUGGUUUUCUGGAACAUUGAAAGUGGUAGAUUUGCUCAUCAAUUGUAUCUCAGAAAGUACAAGACAUUUCAAUCAAGAGAAAUUGUAGCCCACCUAGAGGUUGUAUUCAGUCCUUGGAUCAAUUUUCUUUCAGUUGAUUGACACAUUUGAACACAAUACUAUAUUCUUAUUGUCAGCUGAAGUUGUCAUAAAUUUUAUGUAAACCAAACAAAACUGAGUGUAAGAGGAACUUAUUCCUACAAAAGUGGGGAGCAGAUUGUUCUGAAAGUCUUACAACUUGCUGAGCA